AUUUCAACUCGCAUUUAUCAUAUCAAAAUGGCGGAUUGCGGCGGGUUUGGGAGCAUAGAUUUUCUUGUUAAAGCAACUGGAUUAUCCGAUCCCGGACUCCGAUUAGUCAUUGGACUCUUUUCAGGUACGUUAUUUCUGUGCUAUAAUUUAGUUAUUUUUGAUUGAAGUUAAGAGUUAAAAAUAGAGUCACUUUUCUUCCCUUAAAAAGUGGUACGAUCAACUGGUCACCUUGGACGACCUUUAUUAUGAAAGAUCAGGCUGACCGAAUUAAUUUCUCUGUCUAAAAAAUAAUUGAGCCGAAGGUUCUUUAUAUUAAAAAAAGGAAAAGUACUGCUUGCCUGCUUUCAUACUUUGAGUUUUAUCCUUGUUGUACAAUUCUUUGAAUUAAACUUUUUCAUGACAAAGCGGGUAAAUUCUAAUUCUGGGUUGUAUUUGUCGAUCGUGCCGGCAUUUGUUCUGCUCACCUGCAUCUGUAUAACCACGAAAGGAAACAGAUUUAUUUUUUGGCCGUUUUAAUAGAAACGAAUCUCUGUAUCAUAAGUAUCAUACGAACAAUGUGAUCAUAACGUGAUGUAUGUAAGGUGUAAUAAUUUUUGUCAGAUCAGUUUCGCUUUAGAAGCUCCCAAGCCAGUAUUAUUAGCUGUUUUAUAGUUUGCUUGAUAUGAUCAUUCAGCUCAGCUUUAAUACUCUAGUUCUCUAUCUCCACUCAUUUAUGACGUGGUUUAAUCUGAACAAGGCAGUGUGGUUUUACAUUUUGACCCUUUAUAAGCCCUAAGAGUGAUCAGCAUCAAAUUUCUCCUUUUAAUAUUGAUGCUUUGAUAGAUAAAGUGGUCAUGAGAAUUACGGACAUUAUCAUGCAAGAUAAAUUCACCUGAUAUUUUAUCAACGUCUCCCCGCUACUUCACUAUUACUUUAUCUAUUACAAUUUCUACUACACCACUACUUUAUCUCAAUUUCUCUUUUUGUACUAAUUGUUUUACAGCGUAUCCACUGGCAUUUUUUUAUCAUGCAUUCCUCUACAGGAGAAACCCAGUUCUUCAGGUAACUAUCAUCAUAAAUGAAUGAAUGAAUGAAAGAAGGGAGUGAAUGAAGAGUCGUGGAUGAGAGGACAACAUACGUACCCUCUUACAAUACAUUUUAACAUGUGAACAGUAGGCUCAGAUGUCAGCAUACAAAGGCGCCACUGAUAGCCGCUCUCAGUCCAUUUAUGAGCUUACUGUACCCACCCAACCCAUGAUGUGAAUGAUGUGAUGUGUCAAGGUUCAUUCACAUGUAUUGCCAAUAAAAACAGUUGAACCUGUUGUUAAAGCAAGAGUAACCAACAUCAGUUUUCUCCUAACAAUAUCUAUAGAUAUUCAAGAGAAAAUUCAUGACAAUUAAUUGAUUGGAGAAGGGGGAAAUGUUUGUUUUUCUUUUCUCUCAACUACUGGUAUUCUUCAGGGAAAUGUAUGGAGAUCAAUCUGGAGAAAAGACCAAUUUCGAUUUAUUAAAAUUCAUACUUGGUUAUGUUAUUGGUCAAAAUUAAAUUGAGGUUAAAACUUUUUAACCAAGGUUGAUUCUCAGUUUCCAUGGCCUUCUAGCCCUAAUUCAUGUAUAAUUAGGGCUAGGAGACAAAAGAAAUUGAAAAUCAGCAUAGAUUAAAACAUUUUAACCUGAAUUUAAUUUUGACCUGUAACAGCUACAAGGCUUGGGGGAAUAAAACAAAAAAUGUACAAUUUUCUUCACUGAGCCUCAACCAAGAUGAUCUCUUUUAUUUUAUUCCCCCGGCAAGCCUUGCAGCCAAGUUUGAAUUUUGAUAUAUCGAAAUUGGUCUAUUUGUAUGUCAAUGGGGUUUAAAGGGAUACUGUAUAAUUACAAGUUUUAACACAUCCUGCACUUGCAGCAAGUUGAGGAUGAGCCUGUGUCCUAAUGCUCUGAUUGGCUGAUGAACUGUGAAAUCAAACUUAGGGUGAUGGUAAUACCACACACUGGCCUUCCCUACUGGAAACCUAGACAUUUUAAUAUUUUGCUUAAGGUAGCUUGAACCUAUUUAUAUGCAUGGAACGAUUUAUUUAUUUUCUUGUAGGUAUAAAAACCCUUGAGAUAUCGGCGUAUUUUUAAAACCACAUGUUUAUGAUAAGUGGAAAUAUCUUUGAAAUCCUAUGACAGGUUUUUCCUUGUUUUCAGCAAAUAAGUGUCAGAGCUCUCUAGUUUUAUAUCUGCAAGUGUGAAGUCAAUCAUGACCAUACAACUAGCUCUCUGCACAAAAUGCUGGUCAAAUUUAACCUUAAAAAAGAAAAUGCUACGCUAACACAUUCGUGAAAUUAAAGUUAACGCCAAACAAAUAGAGGAAGAAUCCCGAUGGACUAUUUCUUAUCUGAAAGGGUAUUCUUACCUUAAGUGUUAUUGCAAGAAACUGAGUAAUUAGACACCCACUGAGAAUACAGUUAGCACCACAAGAAGAACAACUUCAUGCUAAAUGCAGGACGAGGAUAAAGACUGAGAUUAUUAUUAAUACCAAGCUAUUUCUGAUUUCAGCAUGUGUAUUUUACCCUUUGUGGGUUGGGUGUAGCUGCUUUCUGUUAUGGUAAGUGUGUAAAGUGUAGAUCUGUUCAAAAUGUAUUACUUGUAAGAUGUAAGUUAUUCUCUCAUUCAAAAUGAACUUAAUGAAUUGAGGUUAAAUUGUUUCAACGUAGUUUAAUUCUCAGUUUUCUUUCCCUUCUAACUCUAAAUAAUAAAUUCAUUGGCCUUCUGAUAAGUUGUGAAAAAUAUUUGUAAAUGUUGUGGAGUUUCCUUGAGUUCACGUAGAAAAAGAUUGAUAUCAUGCAGAAAAUUAUGCAAUUUCUCCAGAUUUAUUUUCCUUACAGCACUUAUCACAUCAACCGUCAAUGAAUUUUUCUACAAAUUACGUGGUCAUGAACUGUAAAAAACUAAAUUUUCUUUUCAUAUUUUGCUAAAUGCAGUACUAAUAUGCUGUCAAAUUCACAAUUUUUUUUCAAGGCUGGUGUUUUGCACACUCGUUAAUAGCCAUCAUAGUUUCUUACCUACUUUUGCAAAUUGUUGGACCAUCAAUGGUUACAGUUGGGCUCACAUUUUUGUUUAACAUGGUAAGUGUUGUCCAUCAUCAUUUUAAGGGUCACAGGCUUCUCAAGGGCACACAUUUAAAUUUCAGGGCCAGGUUGUUCAAAAGACAAUUACGGUAGGGCUAGUGCAGGGCUGGUAACCACCAACUAAAGCCCUAUUUCUUUAUAUUAGUAAGGAUUAGAGCAAACAGGGCUUUAAACAUCUUGGCACAGAACAUCACUGUGAACUGUAAACACUUAUCGUAUUAGAGGAUCUGAUUUGUGGGUUGCUUAGUUGGUGUGUUUACUCUCAAGGGGGUAAACAAACCAACUAUGGAUCAUGUGAACUAUUUUACAAUUGCUAAUAUAUAGAUAUGGCCAGGGCUAAAAGUGAAGCUCCCGAUAAUAUUUAUAGUUUGCUCAAACAAAAUAUAAAAUCAAGUAAUGCUAAGCGGUGAAGGCAAUGCGGGAGAACGGUGAAAAACAGCAAUAGGUCUAAUUAGCAAAAAAACAACUUUGCACGUGCAGCACACUUUUUUUGUACAUUUCUUUGCCUUUGUUAUAUUGCACGAUCACAACGUGAAACUUCCAGAAACUUCUUAGCUACAUGUUUUAUGAAGGAAUUGUAGCUCGUUUUCUUGUUCACUUUUUUUUCACUGCCGCUCAUUUUCUCCUUACAUUGGUGGCUGCUUGCAUUUCUCAUUUUGUUACCGCCGCUACAAAAUUUUCAUGUUAUUCUUUCAACAAAAAAAUGUCUCCUUUGUUUUUUAUCUCUCGCUCCAGAUCUCUGUCACCCUUUUUCUCGUUGAGCUUCGCUGGCCUGCCGCCUACUUUCUCUUUUUCUCGGUCUUUCUCUUGCCGUACAUUCCAAAUUUGUGGACAUGACAAUUAAUGUAAGCUUAAUACUUUAGAAAACACGGAUACAGAGACAAUUUGUGCUUUCCGUUUUCGUAUUCAUUGACUCCUUAGUUGUCUCUGCUUCACAAGACGCGAGGAGCCAUGCAACUUCUUGUCAAAAUGACCUUGAGUUGCAUUUGGGUUGCCAUACCUGUUGAUUGAGUCGUUUGACGUUGGUAUGCCCUGUGGUUCAGACGGACGGUCGGGCGGGCGUGCGAUCGGUGUACGGUCACGUGAUUUCCAAAUUUUCUUGGAUGAGUAGUUUACCACAUUUUCUUACCCAUGGUGCUCCGCUGCGCGCGCUUCGCGCACAAGAGCUCCGCUAAAAACCAUGCCGAGAAGAAAGCUCUGCUUGCAGGGUACUAUUCAGCUGUUUCAAAUUAAUUUGAUUUAGAGUGCAAUUUUUUACUUCUCCCUCUCUUUAAACUGUAUUGAGAAACUGGCCAGAAAUUAUGCAACUAUAGCCAAAGGGUUAACUCCAGUACCCUUAGCCAAAAAAUGUCACUUUUGGUUCGUUAUGUUUGCAUGACUUAUAAAUAACUUUUUUUACAUGUCCAUUCUCUUACAGGGAUAUUUGUUGACAAGUUAUGCUUACUAUGCAUCAGGAGAUUAUGAUGUGAACUGGACCACACCACAGUGUAUUCUGACUCUGAGGCUUAUAAGUAAGUUGUAAAUAAAUGUUUAGAAACUUUAAAUCUGGCUGUUAGUGCAUGCCCAGUCCCUGUUGGGGAGGGGAAAAUUAACCCUUUUUCUUCUUGAUUUCAACGAAACUGCUGGCUUUAGAAAUGAGUUUUAUGCGGCAUCAGGGUGGCUUUCUGUUAUGGUGCCAGUAGUCAAAGGCAAUGGUUGCUCACCCUGUUCAAAAAGUUUUCAAGAAAUCUGGAUGAAAAGCAAAUAAAACAUAAUCUUUGGCCAUUCCAGUGGAAACGUUUUUAAAUAAAUGGAAAGAAUAACAUCUGAAAGAUAGUUAAUUGUUUGUUUUGAUGCAUGUAGGUGUGGCCUGGGACUACUAUGAUGGUAACCAAGACCAGGUACUACAAAAAAACUGGAAAGUUUUAUGUUUCUUGAACUUACAAGUCAUAUAACUUAUAAUACAACUGUAGAUGAUUUUAUUAAGAGUUUAUUGUGGUUAAUAUAAUACCAUCAACUUUAGAGAUACAACAUUAAAAAAUAUUUUUGCACUGGAAAGGUACAUACACUGAACGGCGAAACUAGCCAACAAAACGAAAAAACCUGCACUAGCUAUAGCAAAAUGUUCAACGCUAAUGACAGUUCGAUGAACGGUACAUGUAAUACAUAUACAUAUACCCCAAUAAAUUCUAAAACGGAAAUAUCAUAAGCUAUAAUUUAAGAAUAAUACAAGAAUAUUUUCAGCCUAAAAUCGGCAGAAAAAUAAGAAUAUUCAGCCUGGGCCGGAAAAACAACAUUCUUAUAAAAAAAAAAAGAGUGUACUUAUAGUACAUUGUAUUGUAUACAGUGGAUUAGAGUUAACAGUAAAAUGGAUUGUUUUUUUUAACUCUUGUAGGAGAAAUUGUCUGCGGAUUUUAAGACCACUGCCAUUGCAACACCUCCUACCCUUCUACAGGUAACACACUACACAUGUUAUUUUUUUUAAUGUUGAGUUCUUAAUGUGACAGCCAGGUUAGAGGUACUUUCAAUUUCAAGAGUGUUGCACAGUCAUGCAUCCCAUAGGCCUCGUGGAAUAGAAAAAUAAAUUUAUUCAUGUUUUGGUCUUUUUUUUUUCUGGUCAGAUAACCUAAUUCUUUAGUAUAGGUAUACAUGUAGUUCAUAAUAAUAUUAUUCUCAAGUAGGUUGAGCAUGAUUGUCCAGGGGAACGUAGUCCUGAAUAGGACUGUUGUUGGCAGUGACUGUUCACCCGGACGAUCAUGCUCAACCCACUUAUGAAAUGACUCCUGGGUUCAAAGCUUUCACAAGAAAUAUUAUUCUGUUUUCAAAAGUCCAGCUACUAUGAGAGAAACAUUAACAUGUUUUUUGAAGAAUUUUGAUUCCAUUGAAUUUAAAAGUUUUACGAUUUCGGCCUAUUUAUUUAUGCCUGGAUUAGGAGAUGUGUAGUGAAGUUAACGCUGUUUUCUUUCCUUUUUCAGAUGCUUGGCCUUUCUUAUUUUUAUGGAGGAUUUUUAGUUGGCCCUCAGGUAAAUUCAUGCCAUGUAAUAACACAAACAGGGAAUUUAAUUGUCAAGGGUCUGUAUCUACACUGCGAACCGUCUCUCUUUUCCUUCAGAUUUAGGAUUGCAUGAGCGUGCAGGCGUGGAGCGACGAGGUACAAGAAACGAGGUGUCUCCGCCAUCUCGCACCUUCAGUCACACGCGUGGUCAUUUGCUUGGCCUUGCAUUUUGCUGGAUGGACUAAGAAUAAAGAGAGACUGCUCAUAGUCUAGUGUAGCUGUAUCUAACUUAAACUGUACUUGAAUAAAACCAAAACCUAAGACUGUUUUCAUGUGAUGUCAUGGCGGCCAUAUUGGUGUUACAAAACAAUGAAACGGCAGCCAUGUUGGUGUCCCAAAAUAAAUAGUUCCACUAGAUUCGCACAGAUGCUGGCCACUUGAGGAAUAAUAUCUUCACACAUUUUUGCGUGUCACAAUUAACACAUCAACACAAAACAUGGAAAACUAUCAACAAGCUGACUACGAAAAUCAAAUAGAAUCAUCAUAGAGGACGGGGAAUACAACUGGCAGAAAGCCAAGCAGUUGAAGCAGGAAUAAUGUUUCUUCCCUUUAUCAAAGACAUUAGGCUAAACUUAUCAUAUCUCCAUAGAGGAUUUUUUUUAAAGGUAAAACGUUUUUUGUAAAAAAAAAAAUACAAGAUUAAUGACCAAACCCAAUAUGUCGCUGUGUUUACAGACCUGGAUGUUCCCAGAUGAGACCAGCUUGACGUUAUACUAACUAAAUUUGCCCUAGACGACAAAGGAAAUCGAGAAUCAACCUAGGUUGAAUCAAACUUUACCUGAAAUCAAAUUUGACCUGUAACAUAUACAUAGUUUUUUGUAGACUCUAAGUGGGUAGGUGUAAAAAUUCUGGGGCUGCUUUUAGCCUUGCAAUGGAAUAAACUUCACCUAACAACCAUGAUCCAGCAAUGUUCAGUGCUGAAUAAGAAAAGGUUGUUAACAAUCGGAAUAAGUGGAAGCAAAUUACGCAUUAUCAAUUGACGUAUUUGUUUUUCCUUGGGAGUCGUUUGUUGUAGAGAGGUGUGUUGAGUAUGUCUUUUUUUUCUUAUACAGUAUGUGUUACUUCUCUUGCAGUUUCAAAUCAAGGCAUACCUGUCAUUUGUAGAUGGAACACUGGUGGACAAAAAGGACGACAACAAUUCACGGUAACGGUGCCUUAACAUGAAAAAACUUGAAUCAUACAUUUUCCAAAUGAAAAAUGGGUUGAAUCGACAGAGUUGAUAUUAAACACUGAAACAAUUAAGUGAUUUGAUAUAUAACCCAUGAAGAAAAAGCUUUACGUGCUAUGCGUCUAAAGCCCCAUUUACUUUACAGUACUUUCUUCACUAAGUUUGAGUUCCAUGGCCAAUAAGGACGCUUAAUUGGCAAUAUUGAAAAAUAAACUAGACAACCGUGACACAGACCUUUUGAUUUGUCGGUACUUAAUCGCAUCUAAGCAUUUGUUUUUCCCUUUAUCUCGUAGGGUGACAGAGGGUUUAAAGCGCAUGUUUCUUGGUGUAAUGUACCUUGGUCUCUAUGCUGCAUUUGAACCAUACCUAUCAGUCACUAAUCUUUUAUCAGACGACUUCCAGGUCAGUUUUAAAACUCAAUCGUGUCACGUUUUCAGGGUGUCACAACAGUGUGAUUUUGGCUUGAGCACCGUCUUGUAAUAACUUGUACUUGUCCUCUUGACAGGUUAUAACAAUCCACAGCAUAUUGUCAUCAUAGUUAUGAAAAAGUGUACCUGUGAUCUAGGUAAAAUCUGUUCCCAGGUUAAAAAAAUAAUUGUUCAAUCGCAUGUGCAAAAACCAGGAAUAGAGAUCAGCCACCAUGAACUCGUUAAAUAAAUAAAACAAAGAGAAAUCUUGAACAUUUAUUUUUUAUAGAUAAGGGUAAGGUCUAUUUGCCUCUUUAAUUCUAAUAAUUCCCAGUUUACCAGGUUUUCCAGGCUGAUACAGUGUCUUUUCCGAGUGUUCCGAGUGUUCCGAGUGUUCCGAGUUAUUCCCGUGUUCCGGUUUUUAGAAAUAGUACAUGCCCUAUUCAUCCUAUCCAUGAUCCUAUUUAGUUUGGCUUUUUGUGAUGGUUUUUUCACUGGUAACGUAGGUCUAACACUGGUUUAAACUGAGACCAAAUUUAGCAUACAAUACGGCCAGUUUAGGGCUUUGGUAUUUGGCCUUACUGACCAUGGUAUCUACUUUAUUUAUUUUUAUAUUUAUUCUAUUAUAUUUUAUUGUAAACAAUAUGUAGUGAGGGGUGCCCAGUUUAGCGUGGCUGGUUUGAAUGGGGCCUUGAUGAAAAAGAAAAAAAACAGCAACACACAAGACAAAUAAAGAUAAAAAAAUAGCACAAACUAAAGUAAGGGAGGCUCAUACGACAGCGCAAUAGUCGAAUACUGGAAAUAACAUGGCGUUAUAAAGUGUUAAACUCACGCGGAAUGACCUUGCACGCUUUAGGAAGCAUGCCGAGCUUCGCCGAUAUUUUGCGCCAGACGAUGUAGUCUGUGGUCACCCCACGAGAGGUGGAGUGACUUAGCAGGGUUCAAAAAAUGUCCCGCCCGGUAGUCCUUGACAAGUACAUUUCCCUGCUGGGUAAUUUUUAAAGAUUACUUGCCCAAUGCCCUAGUGUCCAGAAAAGUCAUUCUCUAACAAAAUCAUUAGCUAAGAAGAUCAAGAAGUGACUUCGGGUGAGCAUAUUGUGAGAGCUACUUGUCCAAGGGACAAUCUGGGAUUCAAGUUUUUUUUUUCCGAGCCCUGCUUAGCUUAUAGAUAUACAAUACUAUUACGCUGAAUAUCCUUCAUUAAAAUUAUGAGUUAGUCCUUAUGAACCGUGCCGCGUGUUUAAUCUUGAGCACUGCUUUGUUGUCCGCAGAGGUUCUCAUUGCUUGGUAAAGCUUGGUUCGUUAUAUUCUUCAGCAAACUAGCUCUUAUGAAGUAUUUGGCUGUAUGGUGCCUCUCAGUAAGUAAAAAUCUCUUUUUCCAAAGUAGUUUGUUUGCACACUUACUCUGUUCGUGCUAAAGUGUGUGUUAAAAGAAUUUCCGUUUGUUACUAUGCUAAUUAUUCGAGAUUGGAAACUCUUUAAAUACAUUCGCUUAAUUGUUACUUAAUAGAACCCUUGAUAAUGGCGUUACUAUGACACUGAAAAGUCCACUUUUCUCGCUCUUUUUACUCGCCUCUGUUUCGGUAAAGUGCUGUUGAUCGAAAAUAUUUUAUUCAUAAACGCUUUUGUUGUUUUGAGCCGGGUUGCGCAUGGUCCUUGGACGAACGAUGUUGCGUUGAAAUGAACCAUGGGACAUAUUUUUACCCUUUUUUCCGCGCAACUUUGUGCUCUCGGACGUCAUUAUCAAGUAAACGAAAACAGAAUAUGAAUGUUCUGUAAAUACAAGGAAAAAAAAAACAGUGGGUCAUAAAAAAGGAACAUAUUUAAGUAUGUUACAAGUUAAACAAAGAGUUUCUUGCAUUUCAGUAUAGAACGUUCAUAUUCUAUUUUCGUUUGAUUUGACGUCCGAAAGCGCCGAAACGUCGUAAACUUUGUCCAAAAAGUAGGUGCAAAAAGUAGAUGUGACCGGACCUCUUUUCGGGAGGAGCUCCUGUGGUUCGAUUCUCCCAAGCGACCUCCUGCCCCUGGGCAUGCGUAAGGUUGUCAAAACGUCGUCCAGCCUUCGUCGACGACGAAAUUCAGGGAGGUUUGCCCUACCAUUUAAUCUUCACAUUUUGGGUGGUCGCUUAAGGGAGGUUCGACUGUAUUUUCUUAACCAUGCAUGUAGUUAAUGGCAAAGUGUCCCUUCAACAGUUACUUUUUUAAUUUCAGUUAUUUCAAAGUACAACAAUCACAAUAAUUAUCACAUAGCAUACAUUCACACUCUGAGUACACACCUUACACACAUGCAAUUGUACAGUCUCUACAUCAGCUUAUUCUAAUGCUACGUCUGUAGUAUUUGACAAGUGCUGUUGUGCUUUUCUAAAAAAGAGAAGAAAAUGAAUACAUUACCAUGAAGUCCAAAGUCCAUAAUUUUUGUAAAAAAAGAAAAUAAAUUAGAUUUCAAGAUUUGACAAGUGGACUUUGUAAUCUAAUUCAUUUUUUUCAACAGGUACUUUCUUCCACACACGCCCUACGACCUUAAGAUACCUACGUUGCUUACAAACUACAACAUGGCUUCUAUCUGACAGAAGUUUUUGUUUGUUGUUUCUUAGGAAGGAAGUUGCAUUAUAUCAGGACUAAGUUAUAACGGUCGGACAAAAGAUGGUAAAGUGAUGUGGGAUGGACUUAGAAAUAUCAAGGUUUCGGUUUACGAGACUAUGUAUACUUUUCAGGUGAGCUGAGGUACUUUCAUUGGACCGCUUUGCACUAGGCAAGAUGGCGUUUGUGGUAUGCGGUACCUGACUCUUUAAUAUAAUCAUUUAUUAAUAAUCUAAGUAAGGCUGUCCUAUCUUUUUAGCCCACAAUGGUUAUUAUGGGCAGCCUGUACUCUCUCCAUAUUUGAUCUAAUUUUUUUUGUAUCAUGUAAAUCAUUGUAGGGUACAAAUAAAGUUAUUGUUGUUUCCUUAAUUUAUGGUAAAGACCGAACAAUUGGUCAAUAAAGGAUGGCCAAUAAAGAAAAUGUUUCCUUGCAAAGUAAGGGAAAUCCCGAGCGAGUAAGAUGGGCCAAUCUUGAACUUUUGCGUAGUCAGUCAGAACACUUCGGAUGCACUUCAUCUUACCCGAUUGGGGAAGCAGACCAAUAAGUACAGAAAAGAUCACUUCAUAGCGCUGAUACUCGUUGUGUUAUUUUUCAGCAAUGUAUCGAUUCCUUCAAUAUCAAUACAAAUAAAUGGGUAUUCAGGUGUGUAGAUAAUAUUUUUUCAUAUGCGUUUAUCCUUCCGCUGCAAAGAAGUAACAGCCUGGUUUACUUAAAUGUGUUUCGUAGGUUUGUCAGUUGCAUCCACGUCUUUGUCACAAAAACAGUGGAAAAAUACCCUUCUACGUACCAGUAAACCCUGACGAGCCAAAUUUCGUCGCUUUCUUGAAUUUGUUGGUACAACUGCUUCAUUUUGUCGCUAAAGUGUCGUCUUCUGACACUGUCGCGAAGGAGGAAGCCAUAUUGAAUCCCGUCCCAAAUCGAUGGAUAGCUUCGUUAUACCGAUGUUCCACUCAGCUACUUCAGUAUUAAAUAUAGUCUUUGCAAAAUGAAUCUUUUCUUUUGCGUUCCUUUUCAAAUUCAAAAAGAGCACCUUUUUUGGCAAAUUCUCAUUCUGAUAAAACUGUUUUGACUCUAUUGUAGAUACGUCUUCAAACGACUUCGUUUCCUCGGGAACAAGAAUCUGUCUCACUUCUUGACGCUAAUGUUCCUAGCAGUUUGGCAUGGGUUAUUUGUGGGAUAUUUUAUCUGCUUCUUUUUAGAAUUUGUCAUCAUCUUGAUGGAGAAACAGGUUAGACUUUCAUCUAAGCGUAAAUGAUCCUUUUUGAGGUUCAGUUUUUUUAACUACGGCCUAAGCUUUCUCCACACAGUCCGCCAUAUGUAUGAGCAGAAUUUUCAAUAGUCCCUUUUCGUGAUAAAAAAUUACCGCUGAGUACAAACGUUAAUGACUCAUUGAUAGAGGGUUAGCCUCGACCUCAAAUAAAAUAUUUGCGUGACCGACAGGAAGGUGUCUGUAAAGUGAAAAUAAAUAAUAGACAGAGUUGUGAGAAGGUCCUUUUCUCGCUGUGAAUGUAUUUACUUCAGGUAAAGGCUAACCCUGUUCAAAAGUGUCUUCUCAGUGCUUUCAUUCAACGGUCAUGGGGAACUCUAAGCUGGACUAUUAGCAGUUCAAUGAGAAAAUCAAGAGCACUUUGCUGUUUGCUUACUGUCGCUGAUGUUCUACCCCUUUCUUUACCAGGUAACCAACAUGUGUAACACGGUGGCCCAGAAGCCUUUAGCAGCGACGCCCGCAUACGUCAAAAUCCCUGUUAUUGCAGGGUAUUGGUUCAUUAUGAUGUUUGGUCUUGGAUACUGUAAUGUGGCUUUUAAUUUGCUUAGCUUUCAACGAUUCCAUCGGGUGAGAAAACUCUUAGUCUGCGAAUACAGCUGUCUAUCCUCGCUCCACCCCGCUAGAGACGCUUCGUUCUUAGCGGUGAAGAGCGAAGAUAUACGGUUGUAUUUGCUGGCUGUAAAAUUCUUUAAUUUCUAUUUUUUGAAAGUAUGAGGCUGAGAAAGUUCUGUGAUUAGAAAGUUGCUGAAUGAUGUUGAAUUACGGUAAUUAGAUCAAUUUGUAAAACCUUCUCUGCCAUUUAAAGUAAGGUAAGAUCUUGUGGGCCAGGCCGAGGAAACUUCCAAAUUUUCAAACAGUUAAUAAUUGCACAAAAUUUAUAUGAAGGUAUGGCUAUGGCAGUUGUAAUCGCAAUUUUCGCAAUAGCAAAUAAACCCGUCAAAAACCUUCAGGGCUUCAACGGGAUUCGAACCCAUGGCCUCUGCGCUAGCGCUGCUGUGCUCUACCAACUGAGCUACGAAGACCCAUACAUUGGAAACAGGCCAAUUUGUUGUGUUCAUCGUAACCUGGGAAAAGAAUGUAACAUAGAAUGAAGAUGACGUGUAUUCCCACAUUUCACAUCAUCUUCUUUCCACUUAGAAAAUUACUAAGAAGACCGAACGGAUGUUUAAUGAUAUAAUUCAUUCAGAAUCCCGGAAUGUUAGUCUUGUCAUUUUAGUUGGUGGUUACAAGAGGUAAUGUAGCUUUUUUUAAACCUCUGUAUCGCUUCCAGUCUCGCGCCACAGCCAAUACCCAACUUUAAGAUUAAAAAAAAGGGCCAUCAGCUGAACCUGGAAAUGUUACUUUGUGAUUGAACUCGUAAUAUUUACGACGGUCUCGGCCUAUUACGAUUUUCCCACCAGCCGUCCCAAAUUUUAAGUACUCCAUUUUGAACCUUAGUUCAAAAAAUUAUCUUCCUUUUCCGGUACUGGUUUUGUCACAAUGUCCCGGUUCAUGUUCUUUUUUUUUUGUAUUUAGAUCUGGUGGAGCCUUUACUAUAUUGUUCCCGUGGUCGUCCUUACAUGGCAUGCCUUGUAUCCCAUACUAAUCUAUCCUGUUUUUAAGAAAAUGACUCGCGGUGACAAGGACAGGUAA